AUGCCUGUGUAUUCACCUUCACUUGCUUCAUUCUGGGAUGACAUGCGAGCCAUCGAACCUCCUUCUAUUCGUCUGGAGAGAAGAGCUAGAGAACGAUCGUCAGUGUGGCGCCAUUCAUUUCACCCAUUAGAAAUGCCACCUGCAGAGACAACAGCAAACAAUCCCGAUUAUAGCCCAAUCUCCUCCACCGACAGUGAACCUAUAGCCAUAUUCGAAGCCGACAGCAGUGAUGACAGUCAAACUACAACACCCGGAAGACCAGAAGAUCUCGAGACUGUCGUACGAGCCCUGCAUCGCUUCCAUCUAUUCAGACGAUUACUACCUGCUACAGAACGUCCAAGUGCCCUCGGUCUCUCAUUACCAUCAACAGCAGUUCUGUCCUUGCUGUGCGAUGAGGACAAUAAGCAGGAAUGGUUGACACAAUAUCUCACUCCUGAUGGAGAUUUUGAUCCCGGACUGGCUGUACUGGCUGCUGCAGUCUAUGAACAGUCUCGCACAGAAGGUCCUGUUUGCUGUAGAGAUAUACUAACUGCUGGAGAGGAACUCUAUGGUGAAGACUGGCCUAGUCGUCUACACCCUAAAGGAAGAAGUCAUGUCCUGGAUAAACUGUCAACCGUAGCUCACAUUCAGCAAAAGUUGAAAGACAGCGGAAGGUUGGAAACAGUAGAUCAUGCGAUUCGCUAG